AUGGUUUUCAUCUUGGGGGUCUCGUUCGCUGAGAGGAACUUGGUGAAGAAAUCGUUGGAGUCCUUCUAUGGCUUAGGGAAACAAGCUUCAGCUCGUAUUAUGGCCAAGCACUACAUCCAUCCCACGGCGACUGUCGGUUCCUUGUCACAAAAAACGGUCACAUCUCUGACCGCUGAGCUGUCCACUAUGCCUUUAGAGACCGAAUUGAAACGAAGGUUGCAGGAUAACAUCGAAAGAAUGAGGACGAUGGGUAGUUACCGUGGGAGGAGGCAUGCGAUGGGCCUGCCAGUAAGGGGUCAAAAUACGAAGAGUCAGAUAUCAACGGCUAGGAUGCUCAACAAAGUACAUAGAAAAGGAUGA